AUGGCUGAUCACAUGGAAGAGGCCGUAGCCCAAGCCAUCUAUCGCAUGAAUUUGAUCAAAGCCGAGCGCUCAGCCCGUUGUGACGAAUCAGAAACGCUCAAGCUUAUCCACGAGCUCUCGCAGCUCUGUCUACAAAGUCAAAAGGAGCACCACAUCUUAGUGGAGUUGGCCGAGCAGCUUGGAGGUUUAAUUCGAGUGGACAGGUCGACAAUCGCAGCACAAGAUGAGACCAUCCUGUCUCUGAGAGCAAAGCAAGCACAGUCUGAUAUAACAAUUACCAGUCUCUGCUCCACCGUUAGCGAGAAGACUGUUUUACUCCAUAGUACCCAACAGCAACUUGACGAAUCACGCAUCGCUCUCGAAAUUGAACGAAGGAAGUUUCGACGUUUCCAAGAUGAUCUCGGAGCAUUCAUCGCUGCCCGAUCGUCUCAGUCACAGCCUGAGUCUGUCAACGCUUGUCCCCAGACUGGUAUUGUCCUAGAAGAUGAAUUGAACCCAACAAGCGUGGCGACUGUCGACGAGUCAACCCAAGUUUUGCUGGACGUAGAGAGAUCCCAACACUCGAUAUCGCCAACACCCUCGACUACUUCAACAUCACAGCUCAACCGAGGCUUUGUCUCUGCCCCAAUUCUCGCUACUCGCAACAACCUACUGUCUAUUCCCGCCACUGCUUCCGCGUUGACUGGACUCCCAAUCGUCUUGUGCAUCUCAAGCAACGUAUACAAACCUCUUGAUGCCUUUCAAGCCACUAUUCGCAACAGCAUUAUCGACUCACUCAAGACAUAUGUUGAGUCCAGGGCAGAAGACUUUCGAAGGGCUGUAAGGAAAGCAAACACAAAAUGUCUUAACCAGCGGAUCUACCGUUCAAGCACGAAGACUAACCUACCUGGUCCUGUCGCUUGCUCUCUGUGUGUGCAACGGGAGAGAAUCUGUGCAACUGUAGUUGCGAAAACGGAAGGUGUGGGUCUUUGCGUGUUUCCUCGUGCAGCAAUUACAGAUCAGAGCAGCCAAGAUGACGUCUCCAUGUGGGUGCCUUAG